AUGUAUAUUUAUUUGGGGUUUUGGGUGUGGGUGUUGUUGGUGUGGUGUUGGGUGGGUGGUGGGGGGGUGGGGGAUGGGGGUGGGGGUUGUGUGAUUUGGGUGGUUGAGGUGGGGAGUUUGGGGUGGGGGGGGGUUGGGUGGUUGUUUUGGUUGGUGGUGGGGGGGUGGGGGGGGGUGUUUGGGGGGGGGGUGUGUGGGUUUUUGGGUGGGGGGUGUGUGGGGGGGGGGUUGGUUGGUGGGGUGGGGGGGGGGUUGUUUGGGGGGUGGGUUGGGUUGGGUGUGGGGUGGGGGGGGGGUGGGGGUUGGGGGGGGGGUGGGGGUUGUGGUUGUGGUUGGGGGGUGGGGGGGGGUGUAGUUUGGGUUGGGUGGGGUGGUGGGUUUGGUGGUGUUGUUGUUGUUGGUUGUUGUUGGGUUGGUUUGGUUGGGUUGGUGGGUUGGGGUUGGGUGGUGUUUUGGUUGGUUUUUUGA